AAAAGUCUUCCGAAUUUACAUUGGCGCCCGAGCAGGGACAUCGGCAUCCAGCAUUUCGUGGAAAUUCGCACGACAAACCAGUGACCUACAGUGCAUCUUCGUUGUCUCGGCACAAGUCAUUGGUUUUUUUUGUUCUGUUGCGAAUAGAGCUCUAGCUGGCUGGUUUUGUGCGACAAAUUGGAUUCAUCUUUACUCAACAAAAAAGGAAAGUGUUCGGCUAAUCUAUGCCGAAUUCUCAGGUUCAUCGGGAGAAGAGGCCUUCCGGAGAAGGUGUACAGCGACAACGCCACCAACUUCGUGGGCGCGAACAAGGUGCUGAACGAGCUGCAUCAAGCGUACCAGAGGGACCAGGACCGGCUCAAGGCGUACGCAGCGCGCCAAGGCGUCGAGUGGUGUUUCAUACCACCGAGAGCACCACACUUCGGCGGAUUGUGGGAGGCAGCCGUCAAAUCAGCCAAGCAGAGGUUGGUACGCGGAGUGGGCAACGCCAAGCUCACCGCGGACGAGCUGUGCUCUACCUGUUAGAGGUAGAGGCUCUUCUCAACUCCCGGCCAAUCGCGUCCCCAGGCAACGAUCCCAGCGAUGUAGAAGCGCUAACGCCAGGGCACCUGCUGAUCGGGCAUCCGCUUCUUUAGCUGCCGCCCGAAUCAGAUCACGACGACAGAUGCAGCAGGGGAAGCUUCGCGUACUUGAAGCGGUGGCGAAUACUGU